GGGCGGUGACGCUAACGGGACACCGGUGGGGUGAAGGGUGGCUGAGGGAGGAGGGAGCCUCCGAGGCCCUGGCCGACGGCGUGCGUGCGGGGCAAGGGAGGAAGGGAAGGGGCCGGCAGGCAGGCCGAGGCCGGGCUGACUCCUGCUUCCCGAGACCCCAUUUCGACCCCAGCCCUAGCCCGCGGACAAUGGGAGAGGUGGAGAUCUCGGCCCGGGCCUACGUGAAGAUGUGCCUCCACGCUGCCCGCUACCCGCACGCAGCUGUCAACGGGCUGCUGCUGGCUCCGGCGCCCCAGGCCGGGGGCUGCCUGUGCCUCAGUGACUGUGUGCCUCUCUUCCACAGCCACCUGGCCCUCUCCGUUAUGCUGGAGGUUGCCCUUAACCAGGUAGAUGUGUGGGGUGCCCAGGGCAGUUUGGUGGUAGCAGGGUACUACCAUGCCAAUGCGUCGCUGAAUGACCAGAGCCCUGGUCCCCUUGCCCUGAAAAUUGCUGGACGAAUUGCUGAAUUUUUCCCUGGUGCAGUACUCAUCAUGUUAGAUAAUCGGAAACUGGUACCCCAGCCUCGAGUGCCCCCUAUCAUUGUCUUGGAGACUCGUGAUCGACGCUGGGUCCCCAAAGACAAGAACCUGGUGAUGUGGCGGGAUUGGGAAGAGUCAAGGCAGCUCCUUCGAGCAUUACUGGAAGACCGGGCCCACCGACUUCUCGUUGACUUUGAUGCCCACCUUGAUGACAUCCGGCGUGACUGGACCAAUCAACAGCUUAAUACUGAAAUUUCCCAGUGGGUUGCUGCUGCCAAUGGAAGUGCCUGAACUGGGCCACAAGGCUGGGCUAGAACCUUAAAUAAAAACACUGGGGAGUGA